GUAGUUUGUUUGGUUAGGACCAGCCGUUGUUUGAUGUUUGAUGAUAACAACAAAUGCAGACAAAUCUGUCGAACCAUUGAGGACAAGUAUAAAAAAACAGAAUCUGUCCCUCCUACUCAACAGCAACUCUCUGCUAUUCCUCUUUUCUUGAUCCUCAUUAUUCUUAUCUUUCUGUUUCUCUACUUUUUUUGUACCUAAAAAUGGAUCAAAAUCUUCAUCACCAACACAAACUCAUGCACCGAUGUUGCAGCCAUGAAGAAGAGGUUAAUAGUAUGGAGUGGGAAUUCAUUAGAAUGAGCAAGCAAGAAGAAGAUCUUAUUUACAGGAUGCACAAACUUGUUGGAGACAGGUGGGGGCUUAUAGCAGGUAGAAUACCAGGGAGAACAGCAGAAGAAAUAGAAAGGUUUUGGAUAAUGAGACACAGUGAUGGGUUUGCACACAAGAGAAGACAAACAAUUAAGAAAAGUCUACCACCUACAUAAUUAUUAUCCUUCUUUUUCUCCAAAAAAAAAAAAAACCUUUUUGAGGAAAGCAGAUUCUCUUUUUCCUCCUCAUCCUUUCUUUUCCAUUUUGU